CUGACACACCGGGCGUUGCAAUCACUGGGAUAGAUGUGUAUAAUUAGCUCAAGAAUAGCAGUCCUGCUUCUCUGAAUCUUUGGACAUGGCUGAAUCCUUACCCAUCGAUCGUCGUCCAAAUCGCCCCUGCUCUCGAGCCUCCUCGUGAUCCUGAAGCAUUUCUGUUCUUGCAUCCGGCGUCCCCUCCUUCUUUUCUUUCUCUCUCUCCCUUCUUUGUCCCUUUAUCAUCUCCUGCUGACUUGUCACUUCACUCUUGGAAAAGGAAAAAGGGACAGGUCCAUUUCUCUCGCUUAUUCAUUCUGGAUCUUCGCGGUUCCCGAUCUCUUUUUUCUUUUUUUCUUUUUUAAAAAGGCGUCCGUCGACAGCUGUCACUCUAACACCGCCUAGGCUCCUCCUUUAGCCGCCGUUCCAAGUCUAUCUGCCCACUGAUUCCGGGGAUCCCUGUCUCCUGCAUUGCUCGCUCUCCCCUUAUAGAUACUACCCCCUUCGUUUUCCCUCCCGUUCCUUUAUCUGACGCCAAAAGGAGAGACGCUAGAGGCUAUUCAUCCUUCUCCGCAGAGUCCGAUUGAUCGUCCACCGGUGCAUGUCACUGAGCCGUACCAAGAGGGCUAGUAACCUACACCACUCUUUCACAAAAAUCCUUCACGGAACCUGCGUGCCCGACUUCGAUGACGACGGACAAUCUCAAGCUCGUGCUGUCCUGCAAAAGCCCUCGAGACAACAAUCGCAUUACGAGAACCUCCGUCCGCCGUAAGCCGUGCUGGUAACGGGAGAGCUUGACGGAACCUCUUAUUUUAAACAUACGAUCGUGCUUUCUCUCUUUACAACCCCUGCAAUAUAUAACCCGACAGCUGUGCUCAACCGUUGCAUGCCAUCGGACUGGCAUUGUUACCAUGUCCACCGCCGUCGCAUCUGCUCCUGCGCACCCAUUGACAUCCCAUAUGCCUCGCGACGCAAGUCCAAAGAACAUCUCGACGCUAGCCCGUUCGCCACCCUCCACUUCAACUCCUCCUCGAGUAUCCACGGCCCCUCGAGAUGAUUCCGGAACCAGAAAGUCCCCUACGGAGAAGAAGAGAACUUCACCGAAUCAAAAUGGUGCCUCUGUCCCCAAGGUCUUCGUCAAGAAAGAACCGCCGCCAUCGCCUGCGAUGCAUACUAGACCUCGGCCUCGAAAGCUUGACCUGUCCGCGAGUCUUCCAAAUUCCGGAGGCCUGUCUGCCAGACCUCCAGGAGGUCCCAUGACGGCUCGAGAGGGAGUGAGCAUGCAGGAUGUUGGGUUUGCAUGUUUGUCCCCGGGAUUUCAGACCCAUGACCCUGUUAUGAGGGAGCAAUUGCAGAGGAGCCUUUCCGUCCGCGAUCAACAAAGAUCCAUCAUCGAAGCGAGAUUGCACAAGACUUCCAAGGACGACGGCUCUAAUGCUGUAAGACCGUCAGAUUCGAAUCCGUUUGGUCCCUCCAAAUCAUCGAAGCGGAGACCGCCGGGCUUGUCUAUCGUCCCUCCAUCUGCUUCACAGUUUGCCAAUGAACGUGUGAUCCAAUCAGCCCCGCUGAACCGUACCUUCACUGGCCGAUAUCAAAUGCAACCAUUGCCGCGGCACCCUGCAAACGAGUCACCAAUGCUAACCUCUCAACCUCACAUUCAGCACGUUCCUGCCAAUCAAACGAACAACCGUCUUCCUCCCCUCUCCGACGUCUUCGGAUCCGAUACGUUAGGUCCCCCCGAUCGGGACCGCGAUGUCGGCCGCAGCAGCUACUAUCCGGCCAAUUCGGCCACAAAUUCGUCGCAUGCAAAAAAUAUGCGCCCACCGGUGUCUCCUGGUCUCCCCGGUAAUACCUCGCAGAUACCUGAACGAUCCCGGGAGUAUCGCUCGGCAGAAGAGGCUGUCCAUGAUUUGUCGGGAGGGCGAGAAGAACUCUUGCCGCGUAUUGUACACUAUGGGGGCCAUCUUCCCACGACUCCCCCAUCGCCGCAUGCAGUAAAUAUAGCUGUGCCUCAACGCGGCAAUGAGAGCGCACCCUCGGCAAGCAUGCAGGGCCAAUCCAUCUUGCCCCGGUCUGAAGGAUCUGCUCGACGUCGUCCGAGAAGCGAGUAUGAAAUGGACAACGGGAGCCCUCCCUUGGGCCAUGGUCCCGAUCCUCGAUAUCGGCCAAAUCCAGCUUUCAGUUCUGGCCACAACACUUUCCAUGGGCCGUUUGGGGCUGGGAGAGACUCUCCUGAGACUCAAAGGAGAAAGAAGGAAGAGUUUCUCAGCCUUUGUUCAAGGGCAUGGGAUCUGUUCCAUUCUUGAAUAAUGACUGGACGUUACUUUCUCUAUAUUCACCACCUUCCUUUCUCGAUGUUUCUCUUCUCCGAGGGUCUGGUUCGUCUUGCGGUUUCAGGGACGGACAAAGUUUCUUUUUCAAGGGCUGUUGCUUCAAGUCCUAAAUUUACUGGUCUUUUUUUUUCUUCCUCUCUCGUCCCUCUUCUACCAAUUUCUCUUCCCCCC